CCAUGGCGUCCCCCGUCCAGCAGCCUCCUCAGCCUGUCAGCGGGAAGCGCAAAGGCAAAGCUCAGUACGUGCAGGCCAAGCGGGCUCGCCGUUGCGACGCCGGCGGGCCGCGGCAACUGGAGCCCGGGCUACAGGGCAUUCUCAUCACGUGUAAUAUGAACGAGCGCAAAUGCGUGGAGGAAGCCUACAGCCUGCUCAAUGAAUACGGUGACGACAUGUAUGGGCCCGAAAAGUUCAUAGACAAGGAUCAGCAGCCCUCUGGAAGUGAGGAAGAUGACGAUGUGGAGGCUGCCUUGAAGAAAGAAGUUGGUGACAUUAAGGCUUCUACAGAGAUGAGGCUAAGAAGAUUCCAGUCAGUGGAGAGUGGAGCCAAUAAUGUAGUCUUCAUUAGGACACUUGGGAUAGAACCCGAGAAACUGGUGCAUCAUAUUCUCCAGGAUAUGUACAAAACCAAGAAAAAGAAGACUCGAGUUAUUCUACGGAUGUUACCUAUCUCGGGCACGUGCAAAGCUUUCUUAGAAGAUAUGAAAAAAUAUGCAGAAACAUUUUUGGAACCCUGGUUUAAAGCUCCAAACAAAGGGACAUUUCAGAUAGUAUACAAAUCUCGAAAUAAUAGUCACAUGAAUAGAGAAGAAGUUAUUAAAGAACUGGCAGGAAUAGUGGGCAGCCUCAAUUCAGAAAAUAAAGUAGAUCUCACCAAUCCACAGUACACGGUGGUAGUAGAAAUCAUCAAAGCUGUCUGUUGCUUGAGUGUUGUGAAAGAUUACAUGCUGUUCAGAAAAUACAAUCUCCAGGAGGUGGUGAAGAGUGCUAAAGAUCCAUCACAACUUCAUCCAAAGCUGGGAAAUGGGAAAGAAGCAAAAUUGGAACCUGAUGACAAAUUAAAUCAAAAUGAUUCAGGGGAAGGAAAUAAGAACCAGCAAGUGGUACCAGAGAAUAUUAAGGAGCUAGGGGCAGUCAAAAACAACAUCUGAGGCACAGGUUGAAAAUGAGGAAAGAGUUAAAACUGAACUUGUAAGUCAUAUCUCAGAAGGAUCCAAGUCAAAUGAAAAUGAUCUCUCAUAGUUGUUCAUUUUGUGUUGGAUAUGGGUUUCUCAACAGGGGUUCCAUGAGAUGGUACUGGGGUUCCAUGUAAAAUUGUGAGUUAAAAUAUUCUAACUUUUGUGUGCUGCAUAAAACUGAUCUUUCAACACUGAAUAAUGAUCCUUCAUCCCUGUUAACCGUUUCCUUAGCG